UGAAUAGCAACGGUGCCGCAUAGCCGACGGUGGAGCUAACGAGUCGCAGAGGGAUACCAAUAGGGAUUUUGCUGAAACAAGUAUCAUGAAUUGAUUAAAGUGUAGGGCACGAAGUGUAGCAAAAGGUGACAGAAAAGUGGCCAAGGUGUAAAAAUAAUAAAUCAAUGCGCUGCAAUUCCUGUAAAAAGUGUAUAAAUAGCAAUAAAUGGAUGCAUAAAGGGCAUGAAUAGUUUAGCAGGCGCUCAAGUGUGAAAUAAAUGCAUUUAAUAAAAUCAACUGUGCGUGUGUGAGCGUAACAGUGCUUCGGUUCAUAUCAAAUAUAUGCCUUUAUGUAUGCUUUACAUACAUAUGCGUGACUUGAUAGAUAAAAAUUGCAAACCGUUAUUUGUGUGGCAAUACAAAUGUACACUUGGCUUGGAUGGCAAACGACGGCACAGUAAUAAGCCACAACAACAAAAGCAACAAUCAACUAUAUUGGAGACGCGGAUUCGCGCCGCUUCAAAGCAGUGGACCACGCAACGCGCAAGCAUAAUUGUGGCUGCGUCGAAUCUUGAAACUCAAUUCUUGCACCCUCGUUGGCAUAAAGCACAAAUAUGUUCGGUUACACUGGCAAAUGGGGUACUUGGUUCACACUGGUUCUGGUGCAGCUGGCGAUUAUGCUCGGCUUUGCCUGCCGCGUCUCUGAGUUUCCUUGCAAAGGCAACAACAAUAUUUGCAUACCGCUGGAUAAAUACUGUGACGGAAGAGCGGAUUGUGAGGACAACAGUGAUGAGCCAAAGCAUUGUUCGGUAUGCAACCGAACUUAUUAUGGUGACGUUGGCCGCACCUAUACAUUAAAGGUACCAACACCACAAUGGAACCGACUGCCUUUUUUAUGUCACUUAACAUUCACCGCUUCUGGGCGUGAACAAGGCGAUAUUGUGCAAAUUAUUUUCGAUAGUUUCACAGUGGGUCGCUUUGAUGAGGGCAUGGUCGACUCUGAUGUUGAAGGUUACGAGAGUAAUGUUAACCCCGUGGGCGAGUUGCCGGGUUGUCCAGAGGGUUUUAUGCAGCUAAGUGAACUGGGGCGUCCAUUCACAGGAGGCUCUUGGUGUGGGAAAGCCACUGGCCCACAAUUGUAUUUCAGUGAAACAACAACAGUAACAGCUUCUGUUAAAGUAUUUCAUCCGCCCAAGAAUAUACAUGAUGAAAAGCCAUUUGAAUUUAAAAUACGAUACAAAUUUAUCAGUCAAACCGAUGCUGUAGUUAGAUACGGGUUGCCUGAUAAGCCUUUGGAAUUGGGUCGUGUUACGCCCGGCACUUAUUGCACACGCCAGUUCGAUGAGUGUUAUCGCAACAAAUGCCAUUUACAGAGUCCAAAUUACCCGGGAAUGUAUCCAAGAAAUGUAACAUGCUAUUGGACUAUAAGACAAAAGGAGGUGCCGACUAGUAAACACGCCAUGAUUGCCGUUAGUCAAGAAAAUCAACACAAAGCUCUCGUCAAAAGAUCUAUUGCGAGCUUCAACAAAACUUCACGUUCCAUACGGGCGUGGUCGGACUGUACAGGGGAACGUGAUCAUCUAAUUUUCUAUGAUGGCAGUUCAACGAAUGAUCCCGUUUUGGCCAAAUACUGUGGUGGGGAUUGGUUGCCACGUGUGGUAUCUCGAGGCCCAGAAAUGUUGGUUGCAUUCCACUCCAGCCCCUUUUCCGCGCCUCUACAGCAAGGUGUGCCAAAUCGCGGUUUUGAACUUGAUGUCGAUAUUAUUUUCACAGAUUCAGACUCUUACGAUUUUGCACAAGGCACAAAGAACACAUGCGAGUUCCAUAUAAAUGCAACAAAUCCAGAUGACGUGCUAUUUUCGCGGAGAGGACGCAUGGGUCGCAUCGUAAGUCCACGGCAUACUCUACCACCGAAUACAACAUGCACAUACCAUUUUCACGGCUAUCCAGGGGAUCUGAUUUGGCUGUCGUUCACAAGUUACAAUCUGCAGAUAUUGCAACAAACUAUCCAUGAUAACAACACCCUAGGCAGGGCUGACCUGCCACCUUGGAUAACACGGCUAAGAAUGUGGGAUAGUUAUGGCACUUAUGUUUCUUCGAAAACCACAACAACUACCGGACUACCGCCCUCACCACCACCUGUGGUAUCAUCCGCAGCCGGUGGCAAGCCGACAACGCUAAAUCAAAGCUCUUAUGGCAACUACUAUUACAGCGCUCAAAAUCCGAAGCUGGGGAAAAAUAUACGCGUAAACAUAGAUAAUGCGUGGAACCCCGUAGACACAUACAUCUACGGUCCAACACAAUCGAGCAUUUUUAACAAUGAAAAUAAAUAUAGUGGUUACCAGCAAGCUGGAACUGGGGUGGGUGGAAAGCAAAGUGGCGGUGUUGUAAAUGGUGGUAUAAGCGGCAUUAAAGAGAGCCUGAAUUAUAUUUCGGGUAGCAGUAGUGGUAAAAGUAGCAAAGACGCGACGUCGGCCGAAAAGACUUCAGUUUCGUUGAUGAGCUCGAAGGGCAAACGACGUCUUAUGUUGGAAAUAUACGAUUAUGAGACACCCAAACUCUGUGACCAUACUGCCAUUAGCAAUAACGCAUUGGGUUUCAAUAAAUUGAGACCUUGCAGUCCCUUGGAGAGCUAUGUGAGUUCCGGCCGGGACUUGAAAUUGGAAUUCCACACUCACACCGGCACUGCACUUUUCCCUGCUCAGUUUUCUCUCAAUUAUGAAUUCGUCGACACUGAACAAGGUGGUGAAUCAUGGCCCGGACGUCGCGGUGAAGACCCUGUACCUCCACUUUGUUCUCGUGUAUUCCGCAAACGUAAAGGCAAUAUACAAGUGCCACGAAACGUAUUUCUCUAUGGGCGAGGAGGCGCCAAAAACCUGACUUGUUUGUACCGCUUUGAGGCCGGUUCAUCGGAGCGAGUGCGUUUGGUCUUACAUAAUGUUACAUUUGGUGAGGGAACUACAUGUACAACCGACUCGGAUCUACACACCGGUCGACCACGUUGUAAUCAACUGGAUCCAGAGGGACGUAUCACAGAAUUACGACUGUUCGAUGUGCCAUUUCGUGAUGUGAAAAUACAAUUGGGUUGUUUCUGUGACAAUUCCAGUACACUUUAUAGCAAUGCACCGUUAACAUUUAUAUCCAAUUCACGUGUUAUGGAGCUAACAUUUACCGUUAAUCGUUUAAAUAUAUCGGAGGAUUUUGCAGAUGUUUUCUUUUUCGCUUCAUAUGAGUUCAAACGGGUUAGUGAAUGUCGCAAACGUCUAAAACUGAAAGGAUCCGGGGGAGAAGAUGAAAUUAAGUACCCAAUGAAGUCACAAGACUCGAGUUGUGAGGGUCUCUCUUGGUGCAUAGAAGCACAAACAUUGGAGCAUUCACUCUUUGUUCAGACUUGGGGCUCAUAUUUACCCAUUGAUCCCACGUCAGAGGAUGCAAUGCGUUGCCACACGAAAAAUCGUUUAAUUAUAUAUGCUGGACGACCGUUGAAGCCAAUGCGUGUUGUUUGUCCAGCACAGAGUGGACCAAGACCAACUUCGUUGCAUAUAUUCUCAGAGGAUUGGACAAAUGGUCAACCCUUAUUCACCAAUAAACCCGUUAGCUUGGUUCUGGAGCCCAUAUUAAAAGAACCAGGCGACAUAGCUUUCACAUGGUUGGAAAUAUAUCGCACACGAAAUUCGUUAAUUCAACAGUUGGACUUGCAAAGUAACGCCAGCGUUAUGACUGGUGGUACCAGCGGUGGCAAUGAUACGCUGACCGACAUUGGCUUUUAUCCAAAAGAAUCCGAUUGUGAAUAUAAAUGCCCCGAAUUGGAUGCGUGUAUUGCGGGGAAUCUGUGGUGUGACGGCCACAAUAACUGCCCAUCUGGAUUUGAUGAAUCUGAACAGGAGUGCGGCUCGGCGCGCAAACUGCUCGAACUGCCUGGUGGUGUAUUUGCGGCGCUCGGAUGCAUUGCAGCAGCCAUUACAGCCUGCCUCAUAUUCUGUAUUUUCGGUUUAUUGAGAAAACGUAAAAAAACUGUCGGUCAAAAGAUUACCAUAAAUGGUACACUUAAAAAGGACUUCAACAAGGAGUCAUUGUUUAUUGAUCCAGCCUCUUGACACGGGCUACAACCGGUCGAAUAUAUACAUGUCGAUCGGGAAACGACUGUGUGAUAUGUUGCCGAUGAAUUUUAGUGCUGCUAUUGCUGUCGCUUUAAAAAUACUCCAACGAGUACGAAAGAGGGCGGGGCAUACGUUGAGGAUGAUAUAUCGAUCCAGCAUGCAUGACCCAGUGUAUUGUGUACGGUGUGCCCUAAUUAAAAGAUAUACUUACAGACAUACACAUAUAGUAUACAUAAGGAAUUUUUCUAAGCGCUUGUUUUCAAACUACAACAAUUACAUACAACAACCAGAAAAAAUACGAAGCAAAAAACUGUUAGAAUUGAGCAAACGCAGCUAAGCUAAUUUAUGAUAAGAAAACGAUACAAUCACUGCCUUUUGAUCAUACUUAACUAAUCGUUUCUGUAAUUUACUUAAAUACUAUUUUUAAAUGAUUACACAAAGUCAUCAAAGUCACAAAGUGAAUUUUCCGUCAAAUAAAAGAAUGUACGCUGAGUUUUAAAUUUGAAAACCAUUUAAAAAAUGCGAGGUUAUGGCACACAUUUCAUUUCACAAAAUCAAAUUGUUAUUUUUUCAGUACAGGUCGCCCUGCAAAGUCAAUUGUUCCCUAUAUUUCUGGGAAUGAAAUACUUUUCGCAAAAUCAAACUGGCGUUUGAAAACGACUUAAUGAUUUUAGAUCCCGCCAUUUCACAUAAUAUCAAGAAACGUUUAAAAAAUAGGGAGGAAAUUCGGCCAAGCAUCUAACAUAACGAUAAAGUUGUUCAAACAAAUGUUCAGAAAAUUCAUAAAAAUUCGUAUUGUAGAAAUUUUCUCAGAAGGCUCGGUGUUUUGGUUGUGUGAUUUACAUUUUUAAACUGUUUUAAACCAAAAAAAUCGAUUUUUGAGGUUCAGUAAUGAUUUUUUCCUUGCCAUAACAAUACCACUCAGCGUGUUUAUAUGAUUAAUGUGAAUGCGUAAAUUCGAUUACGAUGUGUAAUUUCUAAAAAUGUAUUUCUUCAUGCUAACUUCAGAGAAUUUAUGACUAUAAUAAAUUUGAUUAACUCAGUAAAAGUUUUAUUGUGACUAUUUUUUGUAUAAUAAAAACAACAUUGAAAAAACCAAACUCUAGACUUGUAGCAAUAGUGGUGCCAAAAUCAAAAUGCCCAACAAUCAAAUAAUAAUUUGUUUUUUAGAUAUAAUUUUUUUGUUAUUAGGGUAGUAGUUGGUGUAUUCAAGUUCUAUUCAAAAAUUAAAAAAUUCCAACAAAUAUCUCAUAAUUAAUUUAUGAAAAAUCGUAUGCAUCUCUUCAAAAGCAAUAUUCAAGAAUUUCCCCUCUCUGCAAUACCCAUAUUCAUAUUUCUCAUGAUUUGAGGUUACUUAAAAAUAUUCGCAAUACUGUGGUUUGGCAUGAAUUUCGCACAUCAAAAGUUAAUCAAUUAAUAUAUACUUUUUCACAUUUUUUUAUGUUGAUUGGGUAUUUUGAAAAUAUUGAAUAUUUGUAAUGCAAAAUUUAAAUUUAAGCUGUAAACUUAAGUAUCGAUAAUGUUGUACGAGUAUGUCCGAUUGUAGCGAAAAGGUUGAAAAUAGGAAAAAAGAGAACUAUUGUAAAUUAGGUACCUUUUAAUUAAUUAACUAGGUAAUUAUAGGAAGAAUGAAAAACAUAACAAAAAAAAUCGCAAAUUCUAGAGAUACAUUGAACAAACUAAAGUAAUUUUAUUAAUAUUCAGCCAUUUUCAAUCAAACACAUUUGAAAACGAAACCAAAAAAGAAAUACCAUAAUUAAAUCUCGGAAAAAGAACGUUGAAAAGAAAAACAAAACAAAUAAUAUAGCGGAGUCAUGCAGAUGUGCUCACUUACCUAAAUUAAAGUAUUGUAGUUUAAGAAGGCUACACGCAAACUAUAAAUUUGGCAGUUAUGCAAUGCAUAACCAAAUGUCAGAAAGAAUGCGAAAUUAUGGGCAUAAAAAAUGAUUUUGAUUGAGAAAUGUAUUCGUUGGUACUGUUUGAGUUAUGCUGUUCUAUUGAAAUGCCACCCAAAAUAUAUAUAUGUAAUAUUAGGAUUUAUUUCGAAUAUAUAUUUAUGAAUGUAUAACAAAAUUUCCAUUGUAUCUAAGUCUCAACAGUUUCAUACAACAUUUAUAUUAAUACAAUAAUUGAUUAAGGUCUACAUAGCGUAUGAGUAACCUUAUUGAAAUAUUUUUGUAAAUACAAAAAGACGUCUGCUUCGUAAGAAGCUUUAUUACAAAUGAGUAAGUUGACUUUCUUUUUUAUUUAUUUAUAAGAAAUCACAAACUUUUUAUGAUUUGGUAUGUAUUUUAAAUCAAAAUAGCUGCUAAUACCUAUUAUUUUGCUAACCUAAUUUUGAAUUUUUUUCGCUACGUUUGAUAGUGUUUGACUUCUUUGAUAUUUUUUUCACUACUUUUGAAGUAUUAAGUUAUUUUCUCUGUGAAUAUAAUAAAUUAAAAACAUUAUUGAAAAGGAAAAUUAUUGACAUUUUUUAAUUAGAUUUAUUUAUUUUAAUGUGAUAAUGGUAUAAUUUCAUGAAGCUUUCAAACAAAAAUAAAUAAAGCUUUAUUUGAAAGUGUAGAAUAAUAAUAAUGGAAUUUAUUUAUAUUUGCAUAAAUUUCAAGACUACUUUUUAUAUUUUCAAUUCAUCAUUUUUUUGCUAUUGUUCAAUAAAGUCAAGCGCGUUUUAAGACUCAAAAGUACUGUACUGCAAAGUGUAACUUUUGCAUUUAUGUAUACUAAAAGAACUACUUACUAACUUAGUUACUUAUUAUACUAUAAUUAUAAGUAAUAUAAGUUUAUUUUCUAUUUUACAGUAAAACACAAGCAUGUACACCCUUCGAAAAAAAAUAUAUAAAUUAACUAUAAUUAAUUUCCAAAUUUACCGACUCAUAUAAAAUUCGUUAUAUUUUAGUACCGAAAGACAUUUUUUUAAGCUUUUCAACAAAAAUAUAUGCAUUACUCGUAGAAGUACAUUUGAUAAUUUAAAGAAACUGCUAAAAAUGGCAGUCUUGCCUUUAUAAUUAAGUUUGUUUUAUAUAUAAAUUUUAUUGUGUGUAUAACAGAGAGACGCAGACCCCUUAUUGUGCUGCAGAAAGGCGAAACAGCAAAUGAAACUUUAAUUAAGAACUAGUUAUAAUUAAGAGUAGUAGAAUAUAUAUUAUUUAGGGCACUUACAUAAUUAAAUGAAAACACAUGAUUUAAUGUGUAAGGGUGUCUAUGGCAAAAUGAUGCAAUUUAUUAAGGAUACACCGAUAUUAGCAGUUUUUAUUGUAAACAUGUAAAGAUAUUACAUAAAUAAAACGGUAUUAAUUUUGUUGUACUAUAUAUAAAUAAAAAAAUAUUUAUGUUAAUAUCUGUACACAUUUAGAAUUUUAAGUAUCUUUCUUUUGCCUUAGUCUCCUAGCAAUUGGAACAACUACUCUUGAAGAAUGUCAAAUAAUUUGUUGAAAGUAUUUUACCUUUUUAAACAGUCUUAAGAACACUUUAUAUUUUUUAAUUCAUAAAAUAUUCAAUUUAGUAUUCCUAUUAUUUUAAUCUGGAAACAGUCUGUAAUUAACUCUUUUCAUAUGUAAACCACACAUACAUUUAUAAGUAUAUAUAAUAUAUAUACAUACAUAUAUCUGUGCGAUGGGUUAUCCCUACAUCUUCCAUCACUUUGCCAUCGCCGCCCUUUUCACUUAAGAGAAAAUAUUCGUACAAGAAUAAGAAUAUUACAAAAGAAAUCUCGAAAGUGUUGUGACGAUGAAGCACGUAUGUAAAUCUUAUGUUAUACGUAAUAAAGACAGUUUAUAUAAUAAGACUUACAUUAACAUACUACAUAAAUAAAUGCAUACAUACAUACAUACUAGUAUAUUAAAAACACAUUGCACUCAAGUACGUAUGUACAUUAGUAGGUAUGUAAUAAGUUAUUGAAAGUAUAGCCAAAUAAGUAUACAUUUGCAAAGGCAAAUGAGAGCAAUUACUAUAUACAUACAUUUAUAUAUAUACAUACACUGAAACAUAUGUAUAGAUAUAUAUAUAUACAUACAUACGUACGUACGUACGAUUAUAAUGUAAAUCCCUGCACAAGUGGGUAACGACAACUUUGGUCUGUUAUAUUAAAUAAAAUGGAUCAUUAUUUAUAAAAAUGCACCACACCUACGAGUA